UUUUGAGAAGUUAAUUUUGUCACUCUUACCUAAUGAGACCAUCUUUAAACCAGAGACAAAACAGCUCAUUAGUUAGGCAACCAAAUUAAACAUCCAUGAAAGGUCUUACACUAGUUUCUUUAUGUUCCAUCUUCUUCAUCUUCACAACCGCCGAUGGUGCAGAUACCAUAGCUGUAAACCAGUCAAUCAUAGAUGGAGAGACCAUAGUUUCAGCUGGGAGCAACUUUGAGCUAGGAUUUUUUAGCCCUCGAAGUACAAGUUUGCGUUAUGUAGGAAUAUGGUACAAGUUCUCUAGUGAGACUCUGGUUUGGGUUGCCAACAGAGAAGCACCACUCAAUGACACAUCAGGUGUUUUGCAAGUGACCAGCAAGGGAAUCCUUGUCCUUCAUAAUUCAACAAAUGUUGUUUUAUGGUCUACUAAUACAUCAAGAGUACCGCAGAAUCCAGUAGCUCAGCUUUUGGAUUCAGGAAAUCUUGUUAUAAGAGAAGCAAAUGAUACAAACGAGGAUGAUUACUUGUGGGAUAGUUUUGACUAUCCUGGUAACACGUUUUUGCCAGGCCUCAAGUUUGGCAGAAAUUUGAUUACUGGCCUUGAUCGGUACUUGGUGUCAUGGAAAAGCACUAAUGAUCCUUCAUUGGGUGAUUCUACAACUAUGCUUGAUCCUGGUGGAUAUCCGCAGAUAUUUAUCAGGGUUGGUGAGAACAUAAUUUUCCGAUCAGGACCAUGGAAUGGUCUUAAAUUCAGUGGGAUGCCUAAUUUGAAACCGAACCCAAUUUACACAUACGAGUUUGUUUACAAUGAGAAGGAGAUUUAUUACAGGUACGAUCUGACAGACAGUUCAGUUGUGACGCGUAUGUUGCUGACCAAUGAUGGGAUUUUGCAGCGUUUCACCUGGACUAGUAGUACAAGAACAUGGAAUCUGUACUUGACAGCCCAGAUGGAUAAUUGUGAUAGGUAUGCAGUAUGUGGUGCAUAUGGAAUUUGUAACAUCGACAAUUCCCCUGCUUGUGCAUGCUUGGACGGAUUUCAGCCAAAGUCUCGUCAAGAUUGGGAUUCUGGGGAUUGGUCUGGAGGAUGCGUUAGGAAGAAUGAAUCAAUUUGCAGGGCAGGAGAGGGUUUUCAGAAGGUAACAAGUGUGAAAUUGCCAGAUACAAGGACAUCCUCGUUUAAUAUGACAAUGGACCUUGAAGAAUGUCGAAGGGUUUGCUUGAUGAAUUGUUCUUGCACAGCUUAUUCGACUUUGAAUAUAACAGAUGGAACUGGAUGCUUGCUUUGGUUUGAGGAUCUUCUUGAUAUCAGAGAGUACACUGAAACUGGACAAGAUUUUUACAUUAGAUUAUCUGCCUCUGAUUUAGAGCCAACUAGAAGUCCUAAGAGGACGACGCGAGUGUGGAUUAUAGCCAUCUGUUUGUUGGUUGCUGGAAUUACCAUCCUAGGCUUUUGCCUGCUGUUUCUGAUGAGGAGGAGGAAGAUGAAGACAGCAGCAAGGAUGGUUUCGAUGCAAGAAAGAGACUACUCAAUUAAUAGCACCGGUAAAGAUUUAGAGCUUCCAGUAUUUGACUUCGCAACCAUAGCUAUUGCCACGAGCAAUUUCUCAGGGGCCAAUAAGCUUGGAGAGGGUGGAUUCGGACCUGUCUACAAGGGCAAGCUAGAAGAUGGACAAGAGAUAGCUGUGAAAAGGCUUUCAAAGACUUCGACACAAGGACUUGAUGAAUUCAAGAACGAAGUUAUAUGCAUUGCGAAACUUCAACACCGAAAUCUUGUCAAGCUUCUUGGUUGCUGCAUUGAAUCCGAAGAAACAAUGUUGGUCUAUGAAUAUAUGCCUAACAAAAGUUUGGAUGCCUUCAUCUUUGAUCAAAAGCAGAGCAAGUUAUUGGACUGGUCUAUGAGGUACAACAUUAUCAAUGGGGUAGCUCGAGGACUUCUUUACCUCCAUCAAGAUUCCCGGCUAAGAAUCAUUCAUAGAGAUCUAAAAGCCAGCAAUAUACUUGUGGACUAUGAUAUGAACCCAAAAAUCUCAGAUUUUGGCAUGGCCAGGAGUUUUGGUGGAAAUGAAAUUCAGGGAAACACAAAACGAGUAGUUGGAACAUAUGGUUACAUGUCUCCAGAAUAUGCAACUGACGGGAUCUUUUCUAUAAAAUCCGAUGUAUUUAGUUUCGGUGUUUUGGUGCUAGAGAUAGUAAAUGGGAAGAGAAAUAGAGGAUUCAUUCAUCAAGACCAUAAGCACAACCUUCUUGGUCAUGCAUGGAAACUUUACAAGGAAGAAAGGUCAUUCGAGCUAAUCAACGAUUCUUUAAAAGACACCUGCAACUUAUCCGAAGUUUUACGGGUGAUCCAUGUGGGUCUCCUGUGUGUGCAACAAGCUCCUGAGGAUAGGCCUACUAUGUCAACUGUGGUGCUAAUGUUAAGUAGUAACAUUGCAUUGCCUGACCCUAAAGAGCCUGGAUUUUUCACAGAAAGGAAACUAUUCGAUCAUGAGUCUUCAUCUAGCAAGGUCGAUACAUGUUCCGCGAACGAAAUUACUAUCACAUUGUUAACUGCUCGAUGACAGAAUUUUUUUACCAAACGUUUUUAUAAAUUGUAUCAAUAAGAGGUAUGUAUUCUUAUUUUUCUGUCAGUCGUUUCUUCUUCACCGAGGAAAAAGUUUGGGGCAAAAUGACGUGGGGUACUUUCUUUAUUAUUCUUGACAUAAUUAUUUAUAUUGUACAGCUUUUAAAAUUAUUAAUUUUUCUAGGUUUUGAGUAAUUCUAAAUGAAUCUAAUGCGUAGUUUAAUAAAAUUUAGCAUAAUUUUUAUUAGACUAUUAAAUCAAACUGAAAUUUUACCAGAUUGUCCUAAAAGUCUAUUUGCAUAGGAGUUGACUUAGCUCCUUUUGUUUUCAAGCCCAAAUUAGAUUAGAAACUACUGUUUUGAAUUUCUCUUUAUUUUCCUUGUUGUUUUUAGAUUUUUUUUUAUAUUUAGAUUAAAACUUUUGAUUUUAUUAGAAAUCUACUAAUUAAGAUUUUUUAUAUUUUUAAAUAGCAUUGUAGGAUAUUUUUUUCAGAGGAGAAUUAAUGACAAAAGACUUUAAAAAACUAUCAAAGCUUUUAGAAUUUUCUCUGCGGUUAAGGAUUGUAACUCUAGGCUUGAAAAUCUUAGUUUCUUUCUCUAUAAUUUGAGACUAUAAAACUUUAAGGAUUGAGGAACACUAUCCACUCUAUACGUUGAGUCAAUUGGUAACAGAACAAGUUUGACAUGUUUGAUGAAUAAAGAUAUUGUCAACAACUUUCCAUUCCACAAUACAAGAGUGGAGGCUGUAUAGGGCAUUAUGAAGGCCUAGAAGGCAACAUAAAGAACUCAGUUGUAGAUAUUAGAUCGAGUUGAAUAUUCGUUAGAAAAAAUUACAAAACGCUUGAACCAUCUGACACUAUGAGAGGAAGGUAUAAACACAAAUCGUGAUGAAAAUGGGAUGUGCUCAAAGACUUACCUUGGGAUGAACCAAACUCUAGAUUUACUCCUACUAACCCAUAUAGGCAUCAAAUCUAUGAAAGGUGGUAUAUACAAUAAACAAUGCAUUGAAAACUCAAUUAGCAGUCAACUUUCUCAUAAACGCAUUCCUAAAUUUAAAGAGAUUCCUUUCUUUAAUGGAAAUGGAAAUUUUUUGAAGAAAGAAUUUAUUAGAUAGUUAUUAAAGCUAGAAGCUUAAUUUUAUUUGAAUAAGUUGUUUGUUAUCAGAAAGUAGGAUUUUUCAUACACAAACUUACUUAUGAUACUAAAGAAUGAUGGUUUGAAGUUCUAGAAUAUAAAGCUCAUAUUGAUAAUAGUUUAAUUUUAUCAUUGGCAAACAUUAAGAAAAUUAUUAAUUUUGAAGUUCGUACAAAAUGAUUAUGUGGAAAUUUUAUAUUGAAAAUUUAAACAAUCAUGUUAUUAUUAUUUAACUUGUGUUCAACAUUCUUUAAGAGCAAGGAGGAGAAACCUAUAGGAGAUAUCAUCUCUUAGAUGUAGAAAGUUUCAACAUCACAAUAGUGACGACAAUGACAACAACACUACUGCUAUAUAAACAUUACAUUGCUUGUUGAUAUUUCAUCUAUAUAUGAAUAGUGAAGGAGAAAUAAAUGAUGCUCCUAAAUUAGUAUCGUAUGUUGAUUCUCAGAGUCUCGAAGAACUAAAAAAAUGAGGAUCAUUUAGGUUAAACAAUCCUGAAAGAAACAUUUAGAGUAUAAUCAGAAACCACUAGCUGCAUUACUCUACAUGAAAAAAGAUGAUGGGACUAAAAUCAUGAUCUAGAACAUUGAAAAAUACAUGUAAAAAUUAGAAAUAUUGGUGAAUCCAUAAAAUUCUUCCUCGCCAAAGAUUACUAUUAAAGUUAAUUUACAAGGUGAUGGAUUUGAGAGAGUACAAAGAGAAGAAUUAGACUAGAAAGUGUCUAGUUUUGAAAUUUCAAAGUUAGGUCAUUAUGCUAAGGAUAACAUGAUAACAUGAUCAAGGAAGGAUGAAAAUCUAGUAAACAAUGACAUGAAGGACACGGUAAUCUUUGACAAGUUAUCUAGAGGUAUUGUGAAAGAUUAUCUUGGAGUUUCUUUACAGGCCAAAGUGCUAGGAGUCAUAAAUGAUGAGAACAAGUUUGAAGUAAGAGAAUGCAUGAAUGAACAUCAACAAGACUUUAUAAUAACAAACGUGUAACAUUAGAUAUGGUUUUUUUUUUCUUAGCUUGCACACAUCAUACAUUAAAUUUUAAAGUUCACAUGUCAAAGUUAUACUAUUUCUUGAAUAGACUAGCUACAUUAUUAUAUUUGAAGUAUAUAAUUUUUUGAGAUGGAAGGGUUCAAUUUGUAAUAGUUAACUCAAGGGCAAUUUUUUUUUUCUAUUUAGAUUAGGACCUUCAAUUCAAUUAAAAUUUUACUAAUUAGGAUGUUAUUUUUUGUAUUUAAACUAUUUUUUUUCAAGGAUAAUUAAUGAAAAAAGGACCUUUUAGAAACUAACAAAGUUUUUUGUAUAGUUACGAGAUAUAAUAUUUGGUUUAAAUUUAUUAUUAUUAUUUUUUUUGUUUAGAAUUGUAAAAUUUUAGGAAUCAAGUAAUCCUAUCCAAAUUAUACGUUGUGUGAACACCCGGCAGUAGACUUUACCAACUUAAAUUGUACUUUGAUGGCAUGAAAGAAGUUUAUUUUUUUUAUUUGGUCAUGAAUUCAAUUCUAAGCCAAGUCCAUUAUUGGUUGUUCAAAUCUUAAAUAAACCUAAACCAAAAUACACAAUAGGAGAGAUAAGAUAUCGAUGUCUGACGGACUAUAGCUGGAGUAAAAGCAGGUCUGUAUCACUCGAAUAUAAAAUUGGAGUAAGUUCAGGCAACCUUCUUGGAUCAUUCAAGGUUUCAUGCUCCUCUGUAAUUCGAUUUCCUUGUUGAUUAAGCAAGUAUAGAAAAAAGAAUCACGGACCUCCUGAAAGUUGCAUGCUGCCGGAAUUUUUCAUUUUUCUCUUUUCAUGUAAUGCAUUAUUGUUGGGUUGGUUGCCAUUAAUAUGCAGUAAAUCAACGGCACCAACCAUUGACUUUGGCAGCCACCAUUGUUGAAGAAGAGCUGGAGUUGGCAGCCACCAUUGUUGAAGAAAAGCUGGAGCUGGUGGCACCAUUCUUGUCUAUAAAUAGGCAUCGAGAGAGAGCAGCAAAGAUUGAGCAGAAUGAGAGCAAAGCAGUAGAGAACAAAAGAGAAAGAGGGGCUGCCAAGGGCAGCUACCUUGCUGUCAUUGCAGCAGCUGCAAAUGCAGCAAUGAGAGCUGGGAGUUGAGUUUGAGUAAAGUAAUCUUCCUCCUCCAUGUAUUUGUAUUGUAUUCUUUCUCUAUCUCUAAUAAUAUGAACUAUUUCCCGUGGAUGUAGGCAAUUUGCCGAACCACGUUAAAUAUUGUGUCUCAAUGUGUUUAGCCUCCAACGGACAACUAUCAGAACAUCACCAGUUCGCGCAUGAGGAGACGGAAUCCCCAACAAUUAUUGCAUCACAACUUUUCAUGGACCGGUAUAUUAGUGAAUGGAGGUCUUCACUUCUUUAGUUCUUUUAUUAUUAGAAGAGCAACUACGUCAAUAGUCGGUACUGUACUGCUGCUCGACAAAAAGUUGCUUGGGUAGGAAAAUAUACGUCCAAGCCAAAUUCCAAGUCUCUGUGCUUUGGGGUAGCUUAGACAAUGGUGUGCAGCCCGACCAUAAAAGAAAAUGAAAUUUUUUAAGCUAAUUACCCACCAACAUGAUCUUGAGAAGAGCACGUGAUGUGCAUAUGCAGGGCUACAAUAUUAUUACUGAUUACUGUAGGAGAUAGUAUUUAAUAUCCUUAUUGAUGACACGUUAUAUGAUGUUAUUAUAAUCAAAUAAGUCAAGAAAGAUUAUUAUUUCAAGAAUGAUAAAAAAAGAA